AUGGCUUCGAUCGGCUUAUUUGAAGCAUUCCUAGCUUUCUUUAGCUUCCUCGUUUUAUAUUACUUUCUCAACAAGAAACCAUUCGAUUACUUGCAUAUCAAGAAAACCCUUCAAAGCUAUCCUUGGAAUUGGCCGAUUGUUGGGAUGUCUCCGGGUUUUCUAGUGAGGAUUCACCGUAUCGGUGACAGCGUCGAGGUUCUCGAGAACUCUAACAUGACGUUCCCACUCAAGGGUCCAUGGUUUGUUGGAAUGGAUACAUUGGUCACAGUUGAUCCAACCAAUAUUCAUCAUAUAAUGAACUCAAACUUCUCCAACUACAUAAAAGGUCCCGAGUUCCAAGAGACCUUUGAGUUUUUCGGAGACGGUUUAGUUAACUCAGAUGCCGAGGGAUGUAGUUACCGGAGGAAAUGUUAUCAGGUCAUGCUCCAUCAUCAAGGGUUUCAAAGGUUUUCAAUGAGCACCACAAGAAGCAAACUCAAAGACGUGCUUUUGCCUCUUUUCAAUCAUUUUGCGGAGGAAGGAACGGUCGUGGACUUGCAAGAUGUGUUCCGGAGAUUCACCUUUGAUACAACCCUAGUUACAAUAACCGGGUCUGAUCCUAGAUCUCUCUCCAUUGAAAUGCGUGAGGAUGAGUUCGUUGAAGCAUUGGUCGAUGUUGAAGAAACGAUUGUGUAUAGGAAUCUUAUACCAAGAUCCUUUUGGAAGCUGCAAAAGUGGAUAGGAUUCGGACAAGAAAAGAGGAUGGUAGAAGCUGGUGCCAUAAUUGAUCGUGUGUGUGCAAAAUACAUAUCAGCUAAGAGAGAUGAGAUACAACAAGGGAUUAGUGACCAUGAGGAUGUUUUCACGUUCUUCAUGAAACUAGAUGAAGCCAAGUACGAGAUCCUGAAUCCGAAUGAUGAUGAUAAAUUCCUCAGAGAUGUCAUGGUGGGUUUGAUUUACGCGGGAAGAGACACCACGGCCUCUGUUCUCUCUUGGUUCUUCUGGCUUUUGUCUGAAAACCCUCAAGUGACGACUAUGAUUCGCCAAGAAAUCAACAAGAAUCUACCAAGAACCGGAAGUGGCCAAGAAAGCUUGGACAAGCUCGUGUACUUACAUGGAGCGUUGUGUGAAACAAUGAGGCUCUAUCCACCAAUACCAUUCCAACGCAAGUCAUCUAUAAAAUCAGAUGUGCUUCCAAGUGGACACAAGAUCGAUGCAAAUGCUACAAUCAUGGUCUUUCUUUACGCGAUGGGGAGGAUGAAAGCCAUUUGGGGAGAAGAUGCAAUGGAGUUUAAGCCAGAGAGAUGGGUUUUAGAGACAGGAGGGUUGAGACAUGAACCGUCCCACAAGUUCUUUUCGUUUAAUGCCGGCCCAAGAACUUGUCUCGGUAAGCAUCUAGCUAUGACCCAUUUGAAGAUUAUAGUGGUGGAGAUGUUACAAAACUAUGACAUUGAGGUCGAUAAGGGACACAAGAUUGAGCCAAGUCCUGGUAUUAUUCUUCGCAUGAAGCAUGGGCUUAAAGUCACACUUAAUAAGAGAUGCUAA